UUUCAGUUCCUACAGAGACUCAGCAGAGAAAAAGACAAGAAUUACAGCGAGACGUUUUUUCAAGUAUACAACUUCAUCUUUGUUCCCUAGCUAGCCAUUCUGUCGCUGCAUGAUCUAGAAAGUUUCCUUCAAACUACAGCCUGCGUAAAAGCAUUUAGCAUUGGUUUCCUCAAGAAAGUAGCACACGCGAGUCGAGCAGAUACAUCCCAGUAGUCGUACCUACAGUUUGAGUUGUGCGACCCGAAUCGAUUCACCUCGUCCCUUGGUGUAGUUCUAGAAAAUACUAAAACAAGUCUCCAAACAAGGAACAAAAACCUUCCUAACAAAAUGUCGCAGAACAAAACCAAGCAAAAGCAGCCCUCCGAGCUGCUCGGCGAGUACAUGCUGAAGGGGUGGUGCCUCCUCCAAGAUAUCCUGUGCAAAAGCAUCGUACCCGUAUUGCAGUCAUGCAUAUACAAAUCUUUUUGUUACGGCAAAUCAGCAUUACAAAUUUCAUUUCUCAUGCUGAGGAAAUUUGUAAUGCAUUCAUACGAGUACUACGAUACUUUUGCACAGCAUACAAGAUACCUGCCCCGUGUCCAACACCGUACCUUUAGUGAAGUCCCGGGAGGGGCAUUUGGUGUGUGUGGGGUGCUUAUGAAUUGCAAAAAUGUCUGGGUCUGGAAGGCUGGAACUUGUGAUGCUAACCUUGGACUCUAAAAAAAUCUGUAUUGCAUGACAGGAAGAGGAGCCCAGACUGUGCUACGUGGAGAGGGCAUUUGUAAUGCGGAAUAGGCAUCAGGAAGCCCUCUAAAAAUCUGUGAUGCUAGGUCGUGCAUUACAGACAUUCUGGGCCAUACAAAACAUGCAUGACGAGUCUCAGAAUCUUCCAGACCCAGACCACACUUUUGCAUUUGAUAAUGCUUGCCGGUGUGCAAGUUGUACCCGAUGGACAAUCCGGUGAAGGAACAAGAUAUUCUCAUGGACGCCGAGGAAGAUGCGGAUGAGGCUGAUGAAAAUUACAACUCUACCACUUCACAACUGGAUCAGGAUCGCGCCGGCGGCGACAUCAGCAGCGCAAUCGAGAACAGCAACAUCAAGUCCAUCGAGUCGAGUCCGUCCAGUUUUGUUUCCUCCGAGGACACUAAUGUCGACCUCGCGGCGAGGACCCAGGGCACCAGCAAUUUCGACCAGGCUUUUGCCGACCACGAUUUGAUUGCCAGAACGCAUGACAAGUUGUGUCAGGUCUUCUCAAGAACCGGGUCCUCCUCUUCGCUAGAGGAAGAAAGCGACAGCGUCGACAGCACGAUGAUUAUCGUGAACUCACCGAAAAACAAGAAGCGAGCGGCGGUGAUGUGUGGAGGUGCAGCAGAUUUAGGUGCGGAUAACAUGGCAGGAAGUCGUGAACGAACUUCUUCCGCCGGCGCCGCAGCUUCUUCCUCUAUUGGCAACAUCACGAACAAGAAGGUGAAAAUCAUGACUCCACCGGACGACUGGUACGAUGCAAUUUACCAGGAAAAACCGCAUUUGCUGGUGGCCAACGCGGAGCAGCAAAAUCAAAAAACUGGCGACAACUUGCCACAAAUGACAGCCGUACGGUCUCCCACAUCCCAGUUGCAGGCCAGCUCUAGAACAAUCGCGGUAAAUGCAAGUAUGCACAACACUCCUGCAACGGGAACUACGGGGAUGAUGGCUGGUGGCAGUGCGAUGGUCCAGCAACAACUGCGAGAAAGCAAAGCGAAGACGGGUGGAGGUCCCGCUGGUCUGUUCGAAAAGAACCGGUACAAGAUCGAGAAGCGGUCUAGUCAGUCGAAAAACAACACGAAAAACGCCAAGAAGCACGUUUCCUUUUCACCGGCGGAGGAGAUUCACCAACUGGGGCUCGUCGAUAGUUGUUCUGGCGACGGUGCGGUUCUUGCGUCCAAAGCCGCAGAGCGGAUGAUCGAGGGGUUGCCGGCUGCGCAGAUCAUGACUGUGGGAGAACAUCACCAGCAGCAUCCUGACCUCCGCGAACAGACGACCCCAUCCUAUUCCGCACCACAAGAAGCAAUCUCCUCUCCGCAACUCAGCUCUGGGAGCGGCGAGGACUUAUUCCUGAAAACGCGUCGUGUUGAUAACUAUGGCGGGCCCGCGUCUUCAGCCACAGGAGCUUGUCAUGCUACACCCUCAUCCCACGACAGCUCUACUCGCCCAUCCUACUCCGAAGAAGUGAAGGAAAAUUGGAAGAAAUUGUCGAAAAAACGGGGGGACUUGCACAACAUUUUGGAUGACAUUUACGAUUUCGAUAAGCUCCACCGGGUGCUGGAGGUCAUCGAAAAGUUGAAUCAUUUGCUAAAGGAGUACGACGCGUUGAACAGCAGCCAGUGAGGACGUGCACGGGAGCCGCGCACACGAUAUUGGUAAGACGGGAGGAGCUACAGUGUUGAUGUUGCCGGUACACAACUUCUUCCGGCGCUCAUAGGGGACGGAGAUUCACCCUAGCACAGUUUUUUUUUGAACGGAAUGGAAUUCCAUCUGCGAAGGCGGGAAUUUCUCCUUAGUGGGCUCGUGGUGUAGACCACGGCGCAUGAUCUUCCAAUAUGGCGACACAAUGACGAGUUUUAGAACCGCCCGCAGUAACAAGUUGAAGUUGUUAUCUAUCCAGUUCUUUUCUUUACGUUUACGUAUCUAUUAGCACUUCCAAAUUCAGACGACAUUCUCGAGAUGAUUUUCUGUAGGAAGUCCACCGCUAUCAAGCUGACACCGAUUUUGAUUGGCAAGCAAAAGUAUCGUGCCUUUGCCAACUUGGUCGCAAAGAAACCGCCCUGCGCCGGCAGUGUGGUCGUAGGACAAAGCAGAAGUACCGGAAACUGCUUAGCUCUUCAACUUCACAAGAAACGGGAAAAACCGACUUUAUUCAGAAGACGACCUUCUGAAAAG